UGUGUCCUCAUCACGGCUAUGAGAGUUGGCGUUUAGUUAGUUACUUUUAUGAGGGACUUACACCUAGAGAGCGCCAAUUUGUAGAGAUGAUGUGUAAUGGUGAGUUCUUGCAGAAAGAUCCGGAUGAGGCCAUAGAGUACCUGAAUGAUCUAGCUGAGAAAGCUCAUACUUGGACAGGACCUAGUGCGACUGAUAGUACUAGUAGGUCACGACCUACAGCUACUCCUUCUAGUGGAGGAAUUUACCAUCUUAGAGAGGAGGAUAAUCUCAAGGCCCGGAUAGAAAUUCUGACUAGGGAGUUAGAGGCCUUAAAAACAAAGGAUACAAAGGUUACACAUACUGUUUCUCGUGUUGAGUCCCAUGGACCCUGUUUUGUAUGUGGUGGAGUAGAUCACCUAGCUCAGGAUUGUCCCACAUUUGCUGAAAUGAGGGGUGUGUAUGAGGAACAUUGUAAUGCCCUAGGUAUGUACAAGAAGCCUUUUACACCCUUUUCAGAUACCUAUAAUCCUGGUUGGAGGAACCAUCCUCACUUUAGUUGGAAAUCUGACCCGCAACAUCCUGCACAACCACAGCUGCCUAGAGCUUAUUCUACACCUCCAUACCAUGCCCCAUCUUCUAGGAAUCCUUUAGAGGACACACUACAUGCUUCUAUUGAGGCUCAGAAUAAGACAAACCAGAAGUUUGAAUCAAUGAUUACUCAGGUGGUUGAGGAAAAUAAAGAGAUUAGGAGUCAAGUGUCUAAGUUGAUUAGUGCUUUAACCGUAAAUGAGCGAGGAAAAUUUCCAUCGCAAGCUCAACCCAAUCCCCAAGGUCAGCAUAUGGCACAAACUUCUAAUCCUGAUAGGCAACAUCUUAAGGAGGUUAAUUCCAUAACUACUCGAAGUGGUAAGGUUAUAGAAAGGGUUCCCAAGCCUAAGGACACACAAGAGAAGUUGAGUAGUGAUGUAGUUGAUGUUCCAAGAGAGGAAGAGAUAGUGAAGAGUCCAGUUAGAGUGCCCUUUCCUCAAGCUCUCAAGUCUACCUCAAGAGUUAUGGACCAUAGUAGCGAGAUCCUAGAGAACCUAAGGCAAGUGAAAAUUAAUCUUCCUUUGUUACAUGUGAUAAAACAGGUUCCAACUUAUGCAAAGGUCCUUAAAGAUUUGUGCACUGUAAAAAGAAAACACCAUGUUAAGAAAACAGCUUUUCUAACGGAACAAGUAAGUGCUUUGAUUGAACAGAGAAUCCCACCAAAAUAUAAGGACCCAGGAUGCCCCACAAUUUCUUGUAUUAUUGGGAAUCAUGAGUUUGCACAGGCUUUACUUGAUUUGGGAGCUAGUGUCAAUCUCAUGCCUUAUUCUGUUUACUUGCAAUUGGGAUUAGGAGAGAUCAAACCCACCUCUGUGGUCUUACAGUUAGCUGAUCGGUCAGUAAAGAUACCAAGGGGGAUAGUUGAGGAUGUGUUAAUUCAAGUUGAUAAAUUUUACUAUCCUGUUGAUUUCUUGAUUCUAGACACACACUCUGUUGUUAUUUCUGAAUCAAAAAUCCCCAUUAUUUUAGGUAGACCUUUUCUUGCCACCGCUAAUGCUCUUAUUAAUUGCAUGAAUGGAUUGAUGAAGUUGUCCUUUGGGCAUAUGACCCUUGAGGUCAAUAUCUUCCACAUAAGCAAACAGCCACAGGAGGACGAUGAGUGUCACCAAACUUACCUGAUAAACACACUUAUGCAAGAGGAUUAUGGGACGAGGACAUGGCAACCAAGAUUUGAGGAGCUGCCCUUGAUGCGAGAACAACCGAAGCCAUCUACCAUUGAAGCCCCAAAAGUCGAGUUAAAGCCACUGCCUAAGGGUUUAAAACAUGCAUUUCUUGGUCCAGGUGAUACCUUUCCUGUAAUAAUUUCUUCUGACUUAAGUGCAUCACAAGGUAAAAUAUUACUUACAACUUUGAAUGAGCAUAAAUCUGCACUUGGUUGGACCAUGGCCGACAUUAAAGGCAUCAGCCCUUUAAUUUGUUCUCAUAGGAUUCACUUGGAGGAGGGAGCUAACCCUCGUAGAGACCCCCAACGCAGGCUAAACCCUACCAUGAAAGAAGUUGUGAAAAAUGAAGUCUUAAAACUGUUAGAUGCGGGUAUUAUUUAUCCGAUUGCCGAUAGCAAGUGGGUUAGUCCUACGCAGGUAGUUCCUAAAAAGUCAGGUGUCACAGUAGUGAAGAAUGAUGUAGGAGAAUUAGUCCCUACCAAAGCAGCAACCGGGGGAAUAGAGGUUGAUCAAUCCAAAAUUGAGUUGAUCUCUAAGUUGCCCACACCUAAGACUGUGAAGGAUGUUAGAUCAUUCCUUGGUCAUGCUGGUUUCUAUAGGAGGUUUAUCCAGAAUUUUUCUGCCAUAUCUAGACCAUUGUGUAACCUUCUAGUUAAGGAUACCCCAUUUGAGUGGACACAAGAGUGCCAAGCGGCAUUCCAAACGCUUAUUGGGAAGCUCACUUCAGCUCCCAUUAUGCAGCCACCAGAUUGGAGUUUACCUUUUGAAAUUAUGUGUGAUGCAAGUGACUACGCAGUAGGGGCUGUCUUAGGUCAACGGAGAGAGGGAAAGCCCUUUGUCAUUUAUUAUGCUAGUAGGACUUUAAAUAGUGCUCAAAUGAAUUAUUCUACUACUGAAAAAGAACUACUAGCUGUAGUAUUUGCAUUAGAUAAAUUCUGUGCUUAUUUGAUUGGCUCGCCUAUUACAAUUUUUACAGAUCAUGCAGCCCUUAAGUACCUUCUCGCAAAGAAGGAUGCUAAGGCGCGAUUAAUUAGGUGGAUCUUGCUUUUGCUGGAAUUUAAUCUAACCAUCAAGGACAAGAAGGGUUUAGAGAAUGGGGUGGCUGAUCACCUCUCAAGGUUAAUAUUUGAGGAUACUACAGAUACACCACCGAUCCGUGAUGAUUUUCCAGAUGAACAAUUAUUUUCUAUCACCUCCAUGCCGUGGUUUGCACAUAUUGUCAAUUAUUUGGUAACAGGUGAGAUGCCAUCAGACUGGAAUGCACAGGAUAAGCAGAAGUUCUUAACAGAGGUACGUUCUUUUUAUUGGGAUGAUCCACAUCUUUUUAAGUACUGUCCUGACCAAAUUAUGAGGAGAUGUGUCCCAGAUGAUGAGAUAGCAAGUGUCUUAGAAUUCUGUCAUUCCCAAGCUUGUGGAGGCCAUUUCUCUAUGAAGAAAACCGCUGCAAAAAUUUUGCAGUGUGGAUUUUAUUGGCCAUCAUUGUUUCGAGACACAAAUGUUUAUUGUCGUUCUUGUGAGAAAUGUCAAAAAUUAGGAGCUUUGUCCCAUCGUAAUAUGAUGCCUUUGAAUCCAAUUUUAGUGAUAGAAAUUUUUGAUUGCUGGGGUAUAGAUUUUAUGGGACCGUUUCCUCCUUCUUUUGGUUAUCUAUAUAUUAUUGUUGCAGUAGAUUAUGUGUCCAAAUGGGUAGAGGCUGCAACUUGUAGGAACAAUGACAAUAAGACAGUAAUUAAAUUUCUAAAGAAAAAUGUGUUGUCUCGUUUUGGUACACCACGUGUUAUCAUUAGUGACCGGGGUACACAUUUUUGUAACCGUUCCUUUGAAGCAUUGAUGAGGAAGUAUGGGGUGGUGCAUAAGAUUGCUACAGCUUACCAUCCUCAAACAAGUGGGCAGGUAGAGCUUGCUAAUAGAGAGAUUAAGCGUAUUUUAGAGAAAACGGUUAACCCCGACCGGAAGGAUUGGUCAUUGCGAUUAACUGAUGCACUUUGGGCAUACCGUACAGCUUUCAAGACCCCCCUAGGCAUGUCACCUUAUAGGCUUGUUUUUGGUAAACCUUGCCACCUACCGGUAGAGCUAGAACAUAGAGCCUAUUGGGCUAUUAAGAAUUUUAACUUUGAUUUACCUGAAGCCGGUGAGCUUAGGAAGUUCCAGAUGACCGAGUUAGAAGAGUUGCGAAAUGAAGCUUAUGAAAAUUCUAAAAUUUACAAGGCUAAGAUGAAGGCAUUUCAUGAUAGAAAUAUUCUUAGAAAAACAUUUGCACCUAAUCAACGAGUAUACUUAUAUGAUUCUAGGCUUCAUAAACACCCUGGUAAAUUACGAUCUAGGUGGACUGGUCCUUUUGUGGUAAAGCAUACAUUUGAGAAUGGAGCGGUAGAGAUAGAAGAUCCUAGAGAUGGUCGGAUGUUUAAGGUAAAUGGCCAGAGACUCAAGCCGGUCCUUGAGAAAGAGGCUCCAGUAGAGGAAGAUAUUCUUCUCAUGGACCCCGUCUACGAACAGUGAUGCUAUGCCCAUGCAGGUACGUUUCUCUUUUUCCUUGUUUCUUUUUGUUUUUCUUUAUUUUGUCUUUGUUUCAGUUUUUGUUU